AUGAGACCUAUUAACGAUAUCUUUGGAUGCAACAAGGGUUCUCCCCCAAAUCUCCACGCUGAUCUCAAGGCUUCACUCGGUGAGUUCUUUGGUAUGGCCAUCUUCAUCUUCUUGGCCUUGUCAGGCGUACAAGGUGCUCUUGAAGCGCCCACAUUCCAAAGUGUAGGUACUGCCACUGGUCCUACCGCUACUCAAAUUCAAAGCAUUGCCUUCAGUUUUGGUGUUGCUAUUACUGUAGCUCUCUUUAUUUGUGGUGCCGUCUCUGGUGGUAUCUUGAACCCUGCUGUCUUGUUGAGCCUUAUGAUUACUGGUAACAUCAAUUGGCUUCGUGGUAUCUUUUUCUUUAUCGCUGAAAUUGUUGGCGCUAUCCUUGGUGCUUACUUUGCCAACUUUGUUACUGCCCAUGAGUUGCAAGGUGUUAACUUGUUAAACCCUGGCUUCAAUUAUGCUCAAGGCUUCUUUACCGAGUGCUUGCUGACUUGUGUGUUGUGUUUGACAGUUUUGUUCAUCAUUGUUGACAAGCAUCUUUUGGCUGAUUUCGCUCCCUUUGUUGUUGGUUCAGCCGUCUUCAUUUGCCACAUGAUCGGUGCUCCUGUGGAUGGUACUUCCAUUAACCCUGCUCGUUCCUUUGCUGCGUCUAUUGUCACUGGUAAGUGGGCCAACCAAUGGAUCUUCUGGUUUGGCCCUUUAAUCGGUGGUAUCUUUGCUGUUAUGAUCUACUUGCUCGUCAAGGUCCUUACUGAAGACUCUCAAGAGCAAGCUUUGCUUCAAAAUGCUCGCAAUCAAGCCAUGGUCGAUGCUGACAAUCACAAGGAUCAAAAUGAACCACAUCCUGCUCAAUACACCUCUGCCAAUGUGUAA